GCCUCCAAGAGGCAGGAGGAGCUACUGAAGGAGGAGGAGCACUUGAGUGAGAUCGAGCAUGGGCAGGGCAUCAACGGACCUGAGUGGAUGCUUUGCCUGGUGAUGAUCUCCUUUGUCCUGACAAUGAUGGGGCUUCUCUGCAUGGUGAACUCGCAGUCCGAUCCAGUGAAGGCAGCAGAGAAGCAGUUGAGCUGUACGACCGUGUCCAUCUUCGCCGCCUCCACCUUCAGCAUCGCGCUGCAUGGCGUACUCAUCGAGCAGCUGUGGAUGGGCAAGAGCCCGGGGCUGAACCGGAGUGCCGGACCACUGGUUCAGGCGCGCAUCUACGGCUUCCUGAGUGUGGGGUUCUACGUCUUCUCCAGCUGCCUCGUCUACUGGUGCCGGGACUCCCCCAACUCCUGGUGCAACAAAGCUUCGGAAGGGGAAGAAGAGCACUGUGGCACCUGGACCAAGAAGCUCCUCCAUGCUGACAUGAAGCACUGGUCCUUUGCCGUGGCUCAACUCUCAGGGCACAUCACGGCCUUUCUCCUGAUCCGAGCUUUUGGCUCUCUGCAGCAGAGCAUGAAAGCGUCCAGCUUGAAGUGCUACCUGGUGCUGCCGUGGGCUGCAAUGGUCCUUCGAGCCGCGCUCCUUCUUGCGAAGCUGGCACGCUCGCGAUGCAUCCAGGAGGUGGAUGUCAGGUGGCAGAAAGAGGAUCAGGAAGGUGAGUAUCACAACUUCGGUGAAACGAAGAGCGGAAUGCUGGAGCGGCAGUACAAGGUCCACAUGACGGCAGACGCCCACGUCUACAGUCCUCUCGUGCCCGAAGGGCCCCACGACAACUCCACGAUCCACUUUGAGCAGCCCGAGAUUGCCGAGUUUUGCAUGUCGGAGUACUGGGACAUCACGGAGACCUUUCACGAGCAGGAGGAGGCAGAGGAGAACGAGCUGACCUCGUGGACCAGUCUCCGAAGCUUCUGUUCAAACAGGCCGGAAGCUGAUGGCGGCCCUGGCCGGGAUCUUCUGAAUCGGGAUCCCCUGGCUGGAAAGCUCCCGGGGCCCCAGAGGGUGCGGAGGUUCUGCCACUGGGACCACGCCGCUCACGAAGCUUCCCUUGAUGGUGCCACCCUCGUCAUGGGAUUCCUGAUACUACAGCUCGUCCUCUACUUCCACACGGGCAGCCUGAACCCCAUUGAGGGGCUUGUGGUAAAGCCCGAAGACACCUGGCUGGUCCUGUGGAUGGGUCUGUGGAGUAUCGGCUUCCUCCUGGUG